AUGGCUACCCCAGCCGGCGACGCCAUUACUCUGACCGACACGCCCUCCAAGCACGGGUCGGUCGACCUCGCGGGCGACCGCGAUGAGGUCAAGUCUGAAGGAGCCGUUGAGGCUACCGCCGACGGCGAGGCCGCCGCCCCUGUCCAGGACCAGAGCGGUGUCCUGCACGGCAUGCGUCUCUUCCUCGUUUUCCUUGCCAUGAUGCUCUCCGUGUUUUCGAUCGUCGCGACAGCCAUCCCCAUCAUCGUGUCCGACUUCAAUGCCUUCGCCCAGGUCUCUUGGAUCAUCACCGCCUACUUCCUUACGCAGUGUGGUUUCAUCCUCCUUGUCGGACAGCUACUCACCGUCAUCAAGCCCAAAUAUGUUCUUCUUGGCGCGAUCUUCUUCUUCGAGCUCGGAUCCCUCCUCUGUGCCUUGGCGAACGGAAUGAUCAUGCUCAUCGUGGCCCGUGCUAUCCAGGGCAUUGGUGCCUCGGGCAUGUUCGUCUCGAUUAUUGCCAUCAUUGCUGUCGUCACGGCCGUUGAGAAGCGCGCUAUGUUCAUGUCGGGCUUCGGCUUCAUCUUUGUGAUCAGCUCCGUUAUCGGUCCUCUGCUCGGCGGUGUGUUUACUGAGCACCUCUCGUGGCGCUGGUGCUUCUGGAUCAACCUGCCCGUCGGUGGUGUCGCUGCGGCCGCCGUUGUCUUCCUCCUUCCCGCCCGUUCGCCCGAGCAGCGCGAGAACGCCCCCAAGACCUGGGGCGAGACCCUUCGCCGUAUGGACUGGAUCGGCUCGGCUCUCGUCAUUCUCUUCAUCACUUGCCUGCUCUUGGCCCUCCAGUGGGGCGGCAACAACUACAAGUGGUCCAACUGGCGCAUCCCCGUCCUUUUCACGAUCGGCGGCCUGCUCGUCAUUGCGUUCUUCCUCUGGGAGUGGUACCUCGACCACGACGCGCUGAUCCCCAUGUCGAUUCUCACCAACCGCACCAUCCUCGCCUGCUCGGGCUCCAUCUUCAUGUUCAUGAUGGCCAUGCUCGGCGGCACGUACCAGCUCCCGCUCUACUACCAGGCAGGACGUGGACACUCGGCCCAGAAGUCGGGUAUUGACAUCAUCCCGUUCAUGAUCAUCGUCUGUGUCGGCAUCUUCGUCUCCGGCGGUUUCGUCACAAAGUUCGGGCAUUACUACCCUUUCCUCUUAAUCGGGCCACCUAGCGAGUUCACCUCCUUUGUCUGGACGCUCCGGUGGCGGCCGGGUCGAGCCGACACUCGCAUCGCUGCUGUCGGCUUCGGUCUCCUCUUCACCAUUCGCGAGAACACCUCGAACGCUAAGGUCAUCGGUUACCAGAUUCUCUCCGGCUUUGGCAUUGGCCUCACCUUCCAGAAUAUUAUUCUAGCCGCGCAAGCCGAGUACACGAAGCGCCCUGCCCUCAUCCCUCAGGCUACGGGCGUCGUGUCCUUUUUCCAGUUGACAGGAGCAGCCAUUGGCAAGUCGUUCAUGCGCAGGUCGUACCUCAAGGAGUUCGCCCCCGACGCGCCGUUUGACCUGGUCCGUCAAUCUACGUCUGCCAUCUACGAGAUCGACCCCUCGCUUCGCCCCGGUGUCAUUCACGCCUACAUUCUUGCCAUCUCGAAGAGCUACAUGCCGAUCUUCAUCGCCAUUGGUCUUGCUCUUAUCAUCGGCGCGUUUAUCCGCGCCCACAACAUGAACAAGAUUGGCGCCUCCGUGCACGCUGUUGCUUAA